UCCUACGUGUGCGAUCCAUACAUACACCUUAAACGGCACUGGAUCUGGGCUUGACACUGGAGCGUGGCGUUAGCUGAUUUAGGGCUAGCUAAUGUGAGUCUUAAUUGCAAUGAGAUGAACGCACUUCUUUGCUAUUGGCUUGGACUCAUCGUGUACACGAUCAAGAGUACUAGUUCUGGUCCGCGUACUUCUCGUACAGUGUUCGUACAAUCUUCGCCAGUGUUGGAUCCUCCUUCCCACGGCUUUAUCGGGAUUAAUGAACAUCCAAUGGUUGAUUGCGGGGGUCGGCCGCCGCGGCCGCUUAAGACUACGUUUAACUCCGGACGGUUGACCCGAAUCUCAGCCGUGCCGACUCCUCAUCCGUUGCAAGAAACGAGCACUGAUCUGAUAGAUGCCCAGGAUGUGCAGAAAUAGCAAUAUAUUGCGAAACGACGUUCUGGCAUUGGUCUUCGUAAAGACGUCAGGAAUUCCCUUCGUGAAGAGCUGUACAAUAUUUUAGCAAGUGUUGAUGGAUAUCGUCACAAUGGCGAAGUUUCCUAUGUUGGUGAUAAAGUGACCAUCAA